AGCAGUACGGCCAGAAAAACAAAGAAUUGGCCACUAGGAUUGACGUCGACACCGGUGCCGGCGUUAUCCCAAAUCGGCAAUACUGAGAAAUGGAUCAGCUACUGUGGAGGGCACUGCCUCUGUUAGUACUCCUAAUUUCCUUCACACUUUUCUUCUAUCUAAGGGAUCCUCACAAGUUUGCAGAGGAUGAAUGCAGUCUUGUUCCAUAUAGUCAUUAUUGGAUAUCCAGCAAGCGUAUUUUGACCUCGCAAGGAUUCAUUUCUGGAUCAGUGGAGAUAAAUGAAGGGAAGAUAGUGUCUAUUGUGGAAGGAUAUGGCAAGCAGGGUAAUUCUGCGCAACAAGUAAUUGAUUAUGGAGAGGCUGUUAUCAUGCCAGGCUUGAUUGAUGUGCAUGUACAUCUUGAUGAACCCGGGAGAACUGAAUGGGAGGGAUUUGUUACCGGUACCAGAGCUGCUGCUGCUGGAGGUGUAACUACGGUGGUUGACAUGCCUCUAAACAAUGAUCCCUCAACUGUGUCUAAGGAAACACUGGAACUUAAGCUUAAAGCUGCAGAGAAUAAAAUCUAUGUCGAUGUUGGUUUUUGGGGAGGCCUGGUCCCUGAAAAUGCACUUAAUACCAGUAUUCUUGAAGGUCUCUUAGAUGCCGGUGUUCUUGGUUUAAAGUCUUUUAUGUGUCCUUCAGGGAUUAAUGACUUUCCCAUGACUACUAUUGACCAUAUCAAGGAGGGAUUGUCUGUGUUGGCAAAAUAUAGAAGACCUUUACUUGUGCACGCUGAGCUUCAACAAGAUUCUAAAAGUCAUUUAGAACUUGAAGGUAAUCACAACCCGCUUGCUUACAAGACAUAUCUCGACACUAGGCCACCUUCAUGGGAAGAGGCAGCCAUUAAAGAACUUGUAGAUGCUACAAAGGAUACUAGAAUCGGCGGUUCUUUAGAAGGAGCACAUGUUCACAUUGUUCACUUGUCUGAUGCAAGUGCUUCCUUAGACCUUAUCAAGGAAGCAAAACGUCGUGGGGACAGCAUAAGCGUCGAGACUUGUCCUCAUUACUUAACAUUUUCGUCUGAAGAGAUACCAGAUAGAGAUACUCGUUACAAGUGUUCCCCACCCAUUCGUGAUGCAUUAAACAAAGAAAAGUUAUGGGAGGCUAUACUGGACGGACACAUUGACCUAUUAACUUCUGAUCAUUCACCAACUGUGCCUCAACUCAAGCUUCUCAAGGAGGGUGACUUCUUGAAGGCAUGGGGAGGUAUAUCGUCUUUGCAGUUUGAUCUUCCAGUGACGUGGUCGUAUGGGAAGAAACACGGGUUAACUCUAGAACAACUAUCGUUAUUGUGGAGCCAGAAACCUGCAACCUUGGCAGGGUUAGAAUCAAAGGGGGCCAUUGCAGUUGGAAACGAUGCAGAUAUUGUAGUGUGGCAGCCAGAGGUGGAGUUUGACCUUAACGAUGAUUAUCCUGUUUUCCUUAAACAUCCUAGCUUGUCUGCUUACAUGGGAAGAAGGUUAUCAGGAAAAGUUUUCGACACUUUUGUAAGAGGAAACCUUGUCUUUAAGGAUGGUAAGCAUGCUCCUGCAGCCUGCGGUGUUCCAAUUCUAGCCAAAUGAAUUGGUUAAAAACUGAUUUUAUUCGCCUUGUGACAUAAAUAAGAGGUUGAAGUAGCUGUUGGCAUCGGCAAUUGAGCUAGAUGUUGUAGCUUGUUUUGUUGCUGCAUCUAUUUGGACACUGUGAAUAUUUAUGUUUGUAAUAUCUACGCGUAUAUUUAUAUUAAAUAAAAGUUAAUAAGAAUGGUGUCGUGUGCAGAUACCACUUCCACCCAGGAAAAAAUAGUUCACUAAAAGUUUUAAUUACUUGGCUUGCAAUCAUGCUCUUCAGUUGAUUUUUGCCACUGUGCAUCAUUGUAAGAUUAUAGAAACAACUCCUUUAA